AGAAUCGAGAUUAUUAUCCAAUAACCCGGUUGUGAAGCCAAAAUACUCUGUUGCAGGCCAAACAUGGAUUCUCCGUCAGGGCCAUCACGGCCGCACCUCCCCGUAGCGCGUAAUCGCGGGAUGCUUCAGUCGGAGACUGAGAGAUUGAGCAGUGAGGCUGGAGGAUUGGAAGCUUCCUUGCUUCAGAUGGUCCACGAUCACCAGUUCGCCUCUCUCAAGCUCCGGCAAGACUCCGAGAAGGCGAAGAAGGAUGCUAUUCAGAAGGCGGUGCGCGUUUCGGAUCUUUUAGUGCAUGCUGUGAAUGGUGGAGUUCAGGAAUCGUUUGUCAACCAGAAGCUGAUUGAGCUCGAAAUUAGGGCUUUAGCGGCCACGAUUUCCCGAUUUAUGAAGCAGACUGAUCAAUGGCUCACCACUACUCACGCUCUGAAUACCGCCAUUAAGGAAAUUGGAGAUUUCGAGAACUGGAUAAAGACCAUCGAUUUUGAUUGUAAAAGCAUCACUGCUGCCAUCCAUAACAUUUACCAAGACUGAAAUGCUAGUAGUUAAGAGUCAAACCAUCCUUGCUUUCACGGAGCUUAUUCUGUAGAGUUGGAGAAAACAAAGAUCAUCAUCCUCUGCUUUAAGUUCGCGGAUUUGUGCCCCCAUAACAUAGCUUGUUAAGUUUAUAUGGCAUAAGGACCAUGAAGGGUGCAUAUACAGAUGGAAACUUAUUAGAAACUUAGGACACCUCAGUCGACCAACUUGUCAAUAACUCGUCGACUCUGCUUUAAGUUCGCCGAUUUCUUUCUCGUUAACACAGUACAUGCUGUCAUUUUAUCUAUUUAUUGCUUAUGUAAACAUCAAUCUUCUCUUUACAAUUAUUAGCUUCUGCCAUGUAAUAAUCAGUCUCUGUAUUCUUUCAAUUAGGUGGGCUUGCAAUGGACUUCUGUUUUUAGUUGGAGGGAAUAUCUAUUGAAUUUUCCCCGCCUAGAUUAGCUGAGCUACAGGCCUUUCCAGCCAUUAUAAUUUUCUCCUAGUUUUCUCUAAAUUAAGUUCUCACUCCCAUGUCUCAAGCCAUAACAAUGAUGCCACUUGUUCUUAACCUUUCACAUGGUUCUUUACUGUAACAGAUGACUGUAUCUUUGUUGGCAAAUUCCGCCGUUGUCUCAUCUCCAAGCGUUCUGGAGGAGUCCUAUUUAGUCAGAAUUGAGCUGAACCCGCUGAUGAGAAUGCUUCAUGUGUUAUUUCUUGAUUUGUCUUGGACGUCAACAGCACAGCCUUGGAUUUGGAGGAUACUCAUGCUGAGGCAAAUUUGGUACCGAAGGUUAAACAAGUGGCAGAAUAAUUCAGGGCAGUGGGCGGUGUAUUUCUUUAACUUGGAGCCAAUUUCGUUGGCAAAUUUAGUGUUGAAAGUUGGAAAGUGGCAGCAUUAUAUGGUGACAAGUGUAGGAUACAAACUGAAACAUAGGAGUAGUUUUAGAGAAUACCGUUAAUUUGAUGGUCAACAUGAAGAUGAUAGUGCCGGCGGAUGACAUCUAAGUAAUUGUUCUACAAAUAAAUAGGAGAUUUUUUUUCUUUUUAUUAAUAUAACUAUGUAAAUUUUCUAGUAAUAUUCUACGAGUUACCUUGUCAAUCAAAUGUAGUAGGGUCAGACGGUUGACCCAUGAUUAGUCGAGGUGCGCGCAAGCUGGCCCGGACAAACGGAUUCCAAGAAAAAAAAAAAAACAAAACAAAACUAUGUAAAUUCUUCAUCUCCUUGGUUCCUUUUUCUUUUAGCUUUUGAGCAAGUACAAGUAAAUUCUUCAUCUCCUUUUUUUA